AAGAGUUAAUGUAUGGUGCAGGGAACACGUGUUGCUGCAGGGCAAUAAGAAGGCAGGAGCAGGAGAGAGGGUUGGAAAGCAUCUGGACUCAUCCCACCUAGCAAGGCUUUGGACCACAGUCGGCAACAUGAGAAACCAAAUAGACCUGCUGGCCACUGUCACAGUUUUGGGAGUCCUGGAGCAAGCCUAUUUUGUGCUGCAGGUGAUCAAUGCCCGACGGAAGCACAAGAUCCCCCCUCCUGAGACAAGAGGUCACCCUGAAUUUGAGCGGAUCUUCAGAGCUCAGGUGAAUUGCUCGGAGUACUUCCCAAUCUUCCUUUCGCUCCUCUGGGUUGCUGGAAUCUUCUUCCAUCAAGGUGUGGCUGCGCUCUGUGGGCUGCUCUACCUCUACACCCGCCUCAGGUACUUCCAGGGAUACACCGUGGCUGCACAGGAACGGCUGGGGCCUCUCUAUGCCAGUGCCCGGCUGCUCUGGCUGCUGCUGGGGCUGGCGGUGGCCGGGCUCCUGGCACAUUUCCUGCUGCCCCACUCCUCCGCAUGGAUGGCUGUGCUGCCAUGGCCCCUCCAGCUGCUGGCUGCCCGGUGAGCAGGACCUCAGCCCUCCCAAAUCCACCGCUGGGUGGAG